GUUGUUUAUCUCUGAAGAGCAUUUGGAAAAGUAAUAAAUUAAUUUAAUUUUCUUAAUUUUUUUUGGUUAAAUUGUUAAUUAAUUCAUUUUUUUAGAAUAAUUUUUUCUUCCAUUUUACUGGAAUAACAUAAGAUUGAUCAUUGGCUUCUAUCUAAAUUGUGUUUAGUUGUUUAUUUGUGAUUAAACGUAGUGAUUGUUUCAAUUGGAUCUAUACUACUUUCUGUUUAUUGUUAUUAGUAAAUCAACAUGAGUACAAUUCCUAAGUAUGGACAGCGAGCUGGUUGGGUACCAAAAACGCUUGAAGAUUAUGAUGAUGGUGGAGCUUAUCCAGAGAUUGAUGUUCCUCAAUUUCCAAUUGUUGGUGUUGGUAAUCAAUCUGCAAAAAAAGAUUUGAUUGUGAAAUUUUUACCACCAACUGAUCUUGGUCCAAUUGAAUUAUCCAGUUUACCUGAGGAAAAAUUAUUAAAACCUAAAAGAGAAGAUCUUCAAAAGAGUAUUGAAAAAACAAGAGCUGCUUUGGAAGCAAUUACAAAAUCGAAAAUAUCUUCAUCUCUGCCAACUCGAUGUGCUGAAGCCACUGAACCGCCUAAAUAUAUAAAGUAUAUCCCAAGUACAGCUACAUCUCAACAGAAAAUCAUUAGAAUGGUGGCCAUAGUAAAAGACCCUUGUGAACCACCAAAGUUCAGGAUCAACAAGAAGAUUCCACAAGGUCCACCAUCGCCACCAGCUCCUGUCAUGCAUUCGCCUCCUCGAAAAUUGACCCCUAAAGAUCAGAAAGAAUGGAAGAUUCCACCAUGUAUAUCUAAUUAAAAUCCCAAAGGUUACACUAUACCUUUGGAUAAAAGAUUAGCCGCUGAUGGUCGUGGAACUCAAGAUGUUCAGAUAAACGAUAAAUUUGCUAAAUUCGCUGAAGCUCUUUACAUUGCCGAUAGAAAAGCAAGAGAAGGCGUUGAAAUGAGAGCACAAAUGGAAAGAAAACAAGCCCAAAAAGAGAAGGAAAAGAAGGAAGACAUUUUGAAGAAAUUGGCGCAAAAAGCUCGUGAAGAAAGAGCUGGUCUUAAGGUGACAUCCGCCAGCGAAGAAGUUGAAGAGAGGAACCAAAUUCGUGCUGAGAAACAAAGAGAAAGGAAAAGAAAUCAAAAGAAUCCAAGAGAAAGAGAAAUUACUGAGAAAAUUGCUCUUAAUCUUGUGGAUCCUAAAGUUUCAUCGACUGAAUUAACUUUCGACCAGAGAUUGACUGACCAAAGCAGAGGAAUAUCAUCAGGUUUCGGUGAAGAAGAUGAUUAUCAUGUCUACGAUAAACCCUGGAAAAGCGCGACUCAAGUUGGACAAAGUAUUUAUCGUCCUCGCGCUGGUGCUGAUGGACCCGUUAACUUUGUCGCUAAUCAACAAACCCAAGACGAGAAACAACCGGACGAUAUUUUCGGACUCGACGGUUUCCUUACAGAAGCCAAGAAAUCAACAAAGAGAAAACGAAAUUAACUUAUCUAAUAUAAAUUUCUCUUAAUUGUAAUCAUAAUUAAAUACUAAAACUCUGCUUGUAUUUCAUCAAUCACCAAAAUAAUCAAGUAACUUUUGACAUUCUAAUUGAUAAAAUAUCCACGCUCCUUUCUUACGAUAA